AUGUGCGUUGUCAGGUUGAGGAGCACAAUCCUUCGACAAGCGCAUGUGCCGUGGUACAAAAAGUUCAAUUGGUACAGCUUCGCUCUGUACAGGUACAAGGUCUAUGACGUAAUCUGGCGAGUGUCAGCAACUGCAACCAUUGGUGCCUGCCUCUACUUGAGCGUGGCUGUCGUGCAGACAUGGAAUGCGUCCGUGCACCGGACCUGGCAGCACUAUGCCAGAAAGGAGAGAGAGCGAGCGGAGCUCAUGGACUUCAUCCGCCAGGCACGAGAAAAGGGCACGCUACCGCCAAGUAAGGUUGCUGGCUUUGAGUGA